UGCCGGCUGGAACGGCUCUCCAGAUCAGUCGAGUCGCAGUUGCCGAGGCGAACGGAUCGUGCGAAAAGAGUGCUACGAACUAGGAACUAGAAGAACACCCCUCAAAGGCUGUGGAAUAACCACCAGUACAGUGCCAACAUGUCGCAGCAUAACUAUACAAACCCGGCCUUUUGCCAAAACAGCGAGUUCUACCCAGUGCCCAGUGGUAAUAGCUCCUCGCGCGGAGUGGAGUCUAUCUACAAUAGGAGUCUCCAGAUAAACUUUGGGGCAGCUCCGCCGCGUGCUCCUCGAGAUCCCCGCGAGGGUCCCCUGCGAAUGCAACGUAGCAUGUCCACGCGAUCGGUGACGCGGAAACAACACCAGCAGCAGCAGCAACAUGUGCAGCAGCAACAUCAGCAGCAGCAACAUCAGCAGCAGCAACAUCAGCCACACCAGCUCAAUCAACCCAUGCAAAAGCCGUCUUCUAGUGGCCGCUAUGCCUUGGUUCCCCUAGAGGAACUGAACAGCAGUAGGGCCGGUAGAUAUGCCAUAGUUCCCGGUCAGGCGGCCCAGAGAUUGGCCCGAUCGCAGGAUGACCUGGAUCGCUAUAGCUCCAGACAUGGAUUGCAGGAGGAGGAGGAGCCACACUCCUUCCACGAAGAACCCCACCAGGAGACGCAGUUCGCCAGCCUGCCCCCCGUACUGAAUUUGCCACCCAAGCCCAGGAACAUUAGCAGCAAUCCCAAUCAAACCCAGAUAAAGCAUGCUUUCAGCAGCGACUUUGGCAGCAAGACCUUUUUGAUAGUGGACAAGAACAGCAACCAGAGGUACCAGAUGGUGCCCACUGCCGAGGACGAGGAGUUAGUGGACGAGAACCAGGAGAUCAUACAGAUGCACAAUGGCCGUGCCCAUAGGUAUGCAGUGGUGCCCACGGAUGCGGAUGACGAUGAGGAUCUGCAGGAGGAGCAGGAGCAGCAGGAAACCUGCUUGAGCAACCUGGAGAUGAGUCAACAGUAUGCCGCCAGGACCUCGACUCCGCAGCAGAGGAAUGCAGCGGCGGCCACAAGGGCGCUCCACGAGCUCCUGACCACGCCCAGGAAGAUGCAGCCGCCCCCGAGAUUGGCCCACUCCACGCCCCGGAAUGCCGCCCACCAUGAGCAGCUGCAGCUGGAAAGGCGGCUGGAGAUCUACAAGAGCCAGCAGAUAUAUAAGAGCCAGCAGGUUGCAACAUUAGGAGUGGGAGCUCCUCCCAGCCUGCCCCUUCGGCAGAGCAGACUCUCCCCCCAGCGACUCCACUACGAGACGGUGAAGCCACUGCCCAUGCAGAUGACCGACCGCUCCAUGGCGGUGAUCAGUCCCAGGGUCCAGGAGCAGGACCAGGAGCGGGAGCAGGACCUGAGCAGCAUCCAGGGAAAGGGAAAGAACAACAACUCGUAUCCCCAGAAGAUGGCCAAUGCCACCAUCACCCUGGCCGUCGUCUCCCUGAUGCUCGUCCUGGGCAGCACCAUGAACGCGGGACUCAUCAUCUACAUGAUUGGCCAUCUUGGAAAGUCCUUCUACCUGCAGUUCGGCCUGGUGGCCUCCUUUUCCGGAAUGGGAUUGGGCUUCCUGGGAUUCAAGUCGCGCCACUGCGAGUGGCUGCCUAACAGGAGCUACAGUUCCGGAUACAUCCUGGUCACCGUGUUCUGCCUCUUCAAGUCCUGCGGAUUGCUGGUGAUUCUGGUGGUGGACCCCUUUCCCGGCUUUCCCGUCCACGAUGUGACCACUGGCGUUAUCCUGGGACUGUCCAUGUUCACCAUGUUCUUUAUCGCACUGGGAGUCCUGGGAAGUCUGUGGUGCCACCGACCUCCUCCAGACAACCGCGUCAAUGUGGUCUAAUCCUCGGAAAUUAGUUAUACCCGCCCUUAGUUUCUAAUUUAGUUGUAAGCCAUCCACUUCGACUUCAAGAACUUGACACACCGAACGGCUAAGAGACCAAAAACAAAGUAUUAGAUUUGUAAUCAGAGGAAGAUCACCAUCCCCC